CAUUCAGCGGCUUCGUCUAAUGGCACCAAGUGACUCUCAGCCUGCACGCUGCUCCUUCCCUGCUUGAGCUGGAGACACAGCAUGCAGCUCCUCCAAUGGAGCCCUCUUAAAUAGCUCCGCACGGGGGAGCUGCCAAAAGAAAAACCACGGAGAAAAAGCAAGUACUGUAAAGGGAAGAAGCAAAGGGUCUGGGAGAAGAGGGAGCUGCCAGCAUAGCCGCUCCUGGGCUUGCCGGCAACACAUGCUCUGCUCGAUGGCUAACUCAGGCUGCCUCCUGGUCUCCAACUCGGCUUUGCUCCCACACUCUCUACCUUGCCCCCCGGCCUUCCUCUACCUCCAGCAGGGCAACCAGGACGCCACGGCUCCGCCUGACGCAAUGGCCCAGCCCUACCCCCCAGCCACAUACCCGCCACCCCCGCAGAAUGGCAUCCCUGCAGAAUACGCUCCUCCACCACACCCACACCCAGCACAGGACUACUCGGGGCAGAGCACAGUACCUGAGCAUGCCUUGACUCUCUACACGCCAGCACAGAGCCACACCGAACAGCCGGGCACUGACGCCAGCACGCAAUCCAUAGCGGGCACACAAACAGUACCGCACACAGAUGAAGCGGCACAGACAGAUAACCAGACGCUACACCCGCCAGAGUGUGGUUCUGACAAGCAGCAGCCCAAACGGUUACACGUUUCCAACAUCCCUUUCCGCUUCCGGGACCCUGACCUGCGGCAAAUGUUUGGGCAAUUUGGAAAGAUCCUGGAUGUUGAGAUCAUUUUCAAUGAGCGCGGCUCCAAGGGUUUUGGGUUUGUAACUUUUGAAACUAGUGCAGAUGCCGAUCGGGCACGGGAGAAGCUGAAUGGCACCAUCGUAGAGGGACGCAAGAUCGAGGUCAACAAUGCCACGGCCCGGGUAAUGACAAACAAGAAGGCAGCCAAUCCCUACACAAAUGGCUGGAAACUGAACCCUGUGGUGGGCACCGUCUAUGGCCCAGAGUUCUAUGCAGUGACAGGCUUUCCAUACCCAGCCACAGGAACAGCGGUAGCGUACCGGGGGGCGCACUUACGGGGGCGGGGGCGCACAGUCUACAACACGUUCCGGGCAGCUCCCCCACCUCCGCCCAUCCCCGCUUAUGGAGCAGUGGUUUACCAGGAUGGAUUCUACGGUGCUGAAAUUUAUGGGGGUUACGCAGCCUACAGAUAUGCUCAGCCGGCAGCGGCAGCAGCAGCUUACAGUGACAGGGUUGGCAACUCUGCGACCCCCCAGUUUCUAACGCUGCCCCCUGUGUUCGCUCCUAGUUAUGGCCGAGUUUAUGCAGCUGCAGAUCCUUACCACCACACCAUCGGCCCUGCUGCCACCUACAGCAUUGGCACUAUGGCUAGUCUAUACCGAGGAGGGUACAGCCGCUUCACUCCCUACUAGCAAGACAGACCCAGCCCCUCCUCACAAUAGUAACACUGACUGCUCCUUAGAAAUCAAACCAAAAUCAAAUGGACAUGGGCCCCCGCCCCACGCUGCUGGCCCUCGGCAGCCUAAACCACAUAUUUAUUUACCUCAAGCUGCCUCUCAUGCCUCACAUCCCACCUGUCUCUGAUGGUGUGCCGCCAAGUUUGUUUUCAUUUUGCAAAGCUACCAGCCAGGGGGUUGGGACAGGCGCCUGCUUCCACCAGACCAAACAAAACCAAACACCACCAGCAAGCAGAACCUCACGGAGAGCCUCCCUAGAGCCCACCCUGCUCCCAAGCUUUCCUGCCACGAGCCCCAGGGACAUGUGGCACUCGAGAUAGGCCCCCAGUCAGGCCCCCGCAUUGUGCCGGGUGUUCAGGUCCUCACACAGGGGAGGGAGGGAGCAGUUAAAAGAACUCAGGAUGUUAUCCCUCUCGGAUGCAAACUGCCCACGCUCCUCACACACACACACAUGCAAGGACCACGUGGGCAGGGCCCCAAGCUGCUCCAGAAUCCCAGCAGGUGCAGGCUGCAGUCCCAACCCGCCUUACGCUGCUUAGAUGCACUCAGCCUCCAAGCAACAGCAGGGAGAAUUUUGCUUCCUCUGCCUGCAGGAGUCGGAAGCUGCCCCCUUGUGGAGGAAUGAUGCGAUGGGGCUGUGCCUCACCCUGCCGGGAGGUGGAAAACACCUUGCCAAGCAUGCAGCAAGAGUGAGAAUGUGUGGGGGAAGAGGGGACCCUGCAAGGAGCCCCUGCUCUCUAGGUUUAUCAAACCACAUGACUAUCAAUGUGAAGGAGCUGGUUGGGACCAGCCUCCUGGUGGGCUGAAUGAUCCCAGCUCCUUUGUUCAUAUCGGGAGCAGCCGUUCCAUGUAGGAGGUGGGCAGCGCUCUGUGUGAGCAGAUCUGGCACAUACAUCUGUACAAGAAAGGGGGCAGGGGAGGGCACUUAUGCAGAGACAGGAGGCGGGGCGGGUGCUGGGUGCUGGGAACUGAGUCCCAGGGUCCCACUUCCCAGCUCUAACAUAUAUUUGGACCAGCACACCCCCAGAGAGCAGAAAGCCCUUCCCCGACUCCCUGCAACGCCGAGUCUUCCCCGCCUGCCACCUGCAGGUUGCUCCAUGGAACGUUCUGCCUUUGUUUUCUGUUGUAGUGAAACCUUCUGCUGUUUCCUUCUGGGACCAGGAAGGGCACAAAAAAAAUUUUUUUUAAGCAAAGCAACAAAACAGUUACAAAACUUAACGAGCCAACAAAACAGUUACAAAACUAACAAGCCAAGCGACAGGCCAUCCGGACGGAGCUCAAGCACUGGCCGACCGACCAACCCACCGACCGGGACGGAUGGACGGCAGCCGCCCACAGACUCUGCAAAGCCGUCCGCACACCGGGAGACCCGUGCCCUGCUCCCCCCACACCCUGCUGCAGACCCACGGGGCCAGGGACAGGCACUGACACAGACUGGAUUCUGCAGGCCCUCCCAGGCCACCACGUCUUCCUUCCAGCCCUACUGAAGAA